AUGGGACUCCGAGUCGCCCUCACAACCACCGCCUGCGCUCUCGCCGCACUGCUACCCCCAGUGCUGCCCCAAGUCCUCGAACCGCGUGCCGACACCACCCCCUCACCGUUGCCUGCGCCCCUCUCCAUCGACCCUGCCCAGAAUUGGGACGGCAUCGAUGGCAGCUGGAACACCUUCCCAAUCCGCGUGGGCACCCCCGAUCAACCACUCCGCGUCUUAGUGUCGACUGCCUCGCAACAGACAUGGGUCGUCUUCGAGAAGGGCUGUUGGUACGACGAGCCAGAUGCCGCCGACCCCACCGGCGAAAGGGAAAUCAAGGUCUUGGACAGAGGCUGUCAGGAGAGGCGUGGCCGAACCUUCAACAUGAGCACCUCGUCGACCUGGGACGAAAUUGGAUUCUACCAGCUAUGGCUUGAGAAAAAUCUGGGCAUCCUGGGCAAUGGGAAGUACGGCUACGAAAAGGUUGGACUGGGCUACACUCCCGACAAUGGCCCCACGCUCGACAACACCACCGUCGGAGCCCUCAUCACGGACGUCUUCUGGCUUGGCCAUUUCGGACUCAACCCCAAGCCUACCAACUUCACCUCUUUCGUCGACCCGUCCCCGAGCUAUAUGACGCUACUAUUCCAGAAGCACAUGAUACCCAGUGUAGCUUGGGGUUAUACUGCUGGUGCCCAGUAUCACCAUAAUUCUGUACUCGGCAGCUUGACGCUCGGGGGCUAUGAUGCUUCGCGCCUCAUUCCCAACGAUCUCACUUUUGGCUUCGCUCCGGACAACGAACGGGACAUUGUCGUAGGCGUCGUCGGCAUUCAUGCGAACGGUAAGACGAAGAAGAAUGUCGAUCUCCUCGCCCGGGACCAGUUCACCAUGUACAUCGACUCGACCGUUGCCGAGCUGUAUCUACCAAAGGAGGUAUGCGCGGCGUUUGAGAGGGAGUUUGGCCUCAAGUAUGACAACGCUACCGACCUGUACCUCGUUGACGACGCACUUCACGAAUCACUGCUCGCCGAGAACCCCACCAUUGUGUUCAGCCUCGGUCAGAAGUUCUCCACCAAUGCCACCGUCGAUAUCGAGCUGCCAUACGCAGCCUUUGAUCAUACGGCAAAGUGGCCUUACAGGAACUUGACAGAGGACCAUCGCUACUUUCCCAUCCGACGUGCAGAGAGGGAGAAUCAGUUCGUGCUCGGGAGGACGUUUCUUCAGGAGGCCUAUUUGGUCGUAGACUGGGAGCGGCAGAACUUUUCUGUUUCCCAGUGCAACUGGACCUAUGGCGUACCGAAGCAGAUUGUCCCCAUCCUUUCCCCUGUCUAUACUGGCGAGGACAUCCCAGGACAUGCGCCUAAGCACGGUACCGCAUCGUUACCCCUGAGCACAGGAGCCAUAAUUGGAAUCGCCAUCGGCGGAGGGUUUACAUUCGCCAUGUUGGGCUUCGCCCUGGGAUGGUUCUUCUGGCGGCGACGACAAAGGAGAAGGCACGAGGAGGUCAAGGCGCGCUACGCGGCCCAGGACUUCGGAAAGGAUGAGAAGGAUGACUGUUUGGAGAAGCAUGAAGAAACGCCAACGUCGCCCAGCGAAGAGGGCACCAAUGUCUUCCCCAAGGCGGAACUGCCUGCAGAUCCGUCGAGCGGGCUGGGUGCCGACUGCAAAGACAGAGAGGGAGCCUCGCCCGUGAGUCCUGGCGGCUUGCCAAGCCCUGUCGUGGAGGUGGAGAACACGGAGCGCCAGAUCUUUGAGAUGGAAGGGGAUAUCCCUACCCGACAGGAGGCUGACGGCCGCCUACUGUCGGAGAAGGAAUCGAUGAUCGUGCGCGAGAGGAAAUACAACGGCGUGGAUCCGUACGGGCCGCCGCCGAUAUCCCCCAGCUCAACCGAGACGCCUCGACGACCUGCACCCGUGUCGCCAUCCGAGGUGACAUUGGUCAGUAGGAGACCGGAUCUAUCACCAGUGACUCCUCGCACUCCUCGCACUCCUCGCGAUGGGGCUUCCCUCGAAGCGAACGACACCUUCUUCCAGCCGCCUACCAGCCGCACGCCGCGAGAUGGUCGGUUCCUCGAAGCAGAGGACACACUGCUCUCUCCCAUUUCUCCUCUGGACGAGACGCCGAGGCGGCGGUUCUCUUACGAGUCAUGA